AUGCUUACCUUCUAAAUAUAAUUUCCUUUGGCUUUUGGUGAAGCUGUAUAUGUUUGUGGUAAUAGUAAGGAAUUGGGUCAUUGGAAUCCUAUGUAAGCUUUAAGAAUGCAAUGGAGUGAAGUAAGUAUCAUUAAUAUUAAUAAAUAAAAGGGAGACAUAUGGAAAUCAACAUUAGAAAUAAAUAUUAUUGAUUAAGAGUUUUAAGAUAUUGAAUACAAAUAUUUCUUUGGCGAAUUUGAUAGACCUUAAAAUAUUGAAUGGGAAAUGGGANAUAAAUAUUGA